AUGCCUUCGGUACCUUCACGAGGAGGCCCUUCAUCUCGUCCUGGCCCUUCGUCCUCGCGAUCGAUGCCCACCCCUACCUACUCGGGUGGAAAGGUUGUCGCGCUGCAAAAGAGAGGGAUCGGUCGCCCGAUAGGCCAACAGAGCACUGGGGGCAAAACAGUCCUUGGUGGCAAGCGACACCGCAAGGUCUUGCGCGACACUAUUCAUGGUGUCACCAAGCCCGCUAUCCGACGACUUGCCCGCCGUGGUGGUGUGAAGCGAAUUUCAGCUACCAUUUACGACGACAUUCGAGCUGCGUUGAAAGCCCGCCUUGAGAGUAUUCUCCAAGACUGCGUCAUCUAUGUUGAGUACAGAAACGCCAAGACCGUCACAGUUCACGAUGUCAUCCACAGCCUGAGCCGCAUGGGACGCCCUCUCUGGGGUUUCGACCCUGACACCUAUAGCCCCAAGAAGCAGUAG